ACGGGCUUUAACUUCCUCCCUGAGAUAUAUGACCGGAGCACUGACGUCAUGACUUACUGGACCACCGCGAAAUGCACAUCGUCCGGUUUCUCACUGGCUACUAUAAUUGCCCUCAACUUCCUUAGAAGCCGAGAUUUUUCGGCAUCGCAGGCUCAAUACUCCAUCUUGGCACCCCUAUCCACACAAUGUCAGGCCUCGUACCGGAAACAAUGCAGAAGGUGGCACACGCGGCCCUAGGCCCGCGUCAGGGCGACAAGCUCAAGGACCUUGCCCACAACACGAAGGAUAUGACACCAGAGGGCCGGCUGACGACCGACUAUGGCGUUAAGCAGAGCACGGCUGAUGACUGGCUCAAGGUGGCCAGCAAGGAUAAGACAGGGCCUAUGCUGCUGGAGGAUCCUUUUGCUCGUGAGCGGAUUAUGAGGUUCGACCAUGAGAGGAUCCCCGAGCGAGUAGUGCAUGCGCGCGGCACCGGAGCCUUUGGCAAGUUCAAGCUUCUCGAAAGCAUCGAAGAUCUCACCAUUGCGCCUGUCCUGACCGACACGUCCCGCGAGACGCCCGUCUUUGUCCGCUUCUCGACCGUCCUUGGCAGCCGAGGGAGCGCCGACACGGUCCGCGAUGUGCGUGGCUUUGCUACCAAGUUUUACACGCAGGAGGGCAACUGGGACCUUGUGGGCAACGACAUUCCCGUCUUCUUCAUUCAGGACGCCAUUAAGUUCCCUGAUGUCAUCCAUGCCGGCAAGCCCGAGCCUCACAACGAGGUGCCACAGGCUCAGUCCGCGCACAACAACUUCUGGGACUUCCAGUUUAACCAUACCGAAGCAACGCACAUGUUUAUGUGGAGUAUGAGUGACCGGGCCAUCCCUCGCUCGUACCGCAUGAUGCAGGGCUUCGGCGUCAACACUUUCACUCUGAUCAACGCCAAGGGCGAACGCCACUUCGUCAAGUUCACAUGGACUCCAGAGCUCGGCGUCCACUCGCUGGUGUGGGAUGAGGCCUUGAAGCUGGCAGGACAGGACCCUGACUUCCACCGAAAGGAUCUCUGGGAAGCCAUCGCCAACGGCGCGUUUCCCAAGUGGAAGUUUGGCAUCCAAGUCAUCCCCGAGGCCGACGAGCACAAGUUCGAUUUUGACAUUCUCGAUGCCACCAAGGUCUGGCCCGAGGACCUGAUCCCGACCCGCUAUAUUGGCGAGAUGGAGCUGAACCGCAACGUGGAUGAAUUCUUCACUCAGACUGAGCAGAUUGCCUUCUGCACCAGCCACGUGGUCCCCGGCAUCGGCUUCUCCGACGACCCACUGCUGCAGGGCCGCAACUUCAGCUACUUCGACACUCAGAUAUCCCGCUUGGGUGUCAACUUUCAAGAGCUCCCUAUUAAUCGGCCGGUGUGCCCCGUCAUGAACUUCAACCGCGACGGUGCCAUGCGCCACACCAUCACCCGAGGCACAGUCAACUACUGGCCAAACCGGUUCGAAGCGUGCCCACCAGCCAGUCACCAAGAGGGCGCCUAUGUUGAGUACGCACAAAAGGUGGUGGGCAUGAAAGCGCGUAUGCGCAGCGAAAAGUUCAAAGACCACUUCAGUCAGGCCCAGCUCUUCUGGAACAGCAUGUCGCCCAUCGAGAAGCAGCACAUUAUUAGGGCCUUCAGCUUCGAGCUGGACCACUGCGAAGACCCGGUCGUCUACUCGCGCAUGGUUCAGCGCCUCGCCGACAUCGACCUCAACCUGGCUCAGACCGUGGCCGCAGCAGUGGGCGGUGAAGCCCCCAAGGAAGGCCGUCCCAACCACGGACGGCGAGCACCCGCUCUCAGCCAGCUCGAAUUCCCGGGUAAGCCUACCAUCCAAGCGCGCCGCGUUGCGAUCCUCAUCGCGGACGGCUACGACCAAGUCGCAUAUGACGCGGCCUACGCCGCCCUCUCUUCGGCCAUGGCCACUCCGCUGGUCGUCGGUCCCAAGCGCAGCAGAAUCACGGCCGCCAACGGCACCAGCUCGACGCAGCCGCACCACCACCUCGAGGGUCUCCGUUCGACCAUGGUCGACGCGCUCUUCAUCCCCGGCGGUGCCCAGUCCAUCGACACCCUCUCCCGGAACGGGCGUGCGCUGCACUGGGUUCGCGAGGCGUUUGGCCACCUCAAGGUCAUCGGCGCGACUGGCGAGGCUGUGGGCUUCGUCGAGAAGGCGAUUGGCUUGCCGAGUGUGGUUGUUUCGAGCGAUGGAGAGGCCAAGGAGAGUUACGGUGUCAUUACCAUCAAGGAGCUGCGGCCCGAGAGUUUGAAAGAGGCGGUGCAGAUUGCAAAGGGCGCGACUGGGUUUAUGGAGAAGUUCUUUUAUGGCAUCUCGCAGCACCGCUGCUGGGAACGUGAGCUGGCGGGGCUGAAUGACAUGGUCGCUUACUGAGGACGGAGGUAUUUUGUCUCGGUGGAAGGUGUGAGGGUGAAUCUGUAGGCAUAUGGGGCGUCAUUAAGGAUAUGGUGUCGAUGCUUGCGGUCAAGUUGGUGUUGAACACCAACCGACUAAUGGAUCAGAUGAGUUGGCUUUAAUUCAAUUACAAGUAACUAACUACAAAGGCUUCUUC